AUGUCCAUGCUUUUUUCAGUGAGGCACAAAAGAAAGUAUAUCGUGCAAGGCAUUCUAAUUUUUCUCACACUCUACUGUUGUCUGUGGCGUAUCUCUCACAAGCCCAAAGAUGGGAUUACGGUUUUUAGGGAUCUUGACCCGUCUCUGAAAUACACAUUCACCAAGAAGCUCAAGGGUAAACCGUUUGAUAUUCAGUUUUUUAAGCUGAAAGUUGACUUCUUAUCCGAAGACGCUGGCGCUAAGAUUAUUGCACAAUCGAAGCCACUAACACAUCUUAAAAGUAUUCAAAAUAGCGACCGGAAUUCUUAUCUUUUGGCCCCUUGUCAGAACACUGAUUGGUUCAUACUGUCGUUUCCAGAAAGUAUAUCAGUAAAACAUGUGGCCUUCAUUUCGUAUGAAUAUUAUGCAUCGACCUAUAGAGUUAUCCGCAUUUCUACAUCGCUUGCCUAUCCAAGCGAUAAAUGGCAUGUUUUGGCCGACAUUGAAACAGAAAGGGGGCAAAGCGAAGUAUUUGAUAUCUCACCUCUCUGUGACAAGGGAGAUCAUGCCGGCUGCUGGGCUAAGUACAUGAAAGUAGAGUUGCUUGAUUACCAUCGGUUUGAAUACAACUAUUACUGUUCACUGACUAGCAUGAAAGUUUAUGGGAGCACGGCGGUGGACGUUUUGGAGAGUGAAAUCACGAACGGUAGUGGCCCUCCGGACAAAAGGGGGCAAUCCUCCGAUGAGUUCAAUGCCCCAGUAGAAAUAAGGCACCAUGUACCGUAUAUUGAUGUGAAUGGGGCUCAAAUCCCUAUGCAGAAUCCAGAAUUAAUAAAGAAUAAAAGUACGUUCCACAACAAGAGAACGCAUACUAGAUCGGUUCCCAUACCCAAGUCCAGGGGAAUCACUAUUAGAACCAUUCGGGAAUCUUUGUAUACUUUUAUGAUGCGGCUAGCAAUGAGGAAUUGUGGUUGUGACAGAAAUAGACAUCUUUAUCGGCGUAUGACCAGGUUUUUGCGAACGAACCGAUGUUGUCUGUGCAAUCCAAUGACAUUAUUAAAUGGCGGUCUGCAAUUUCUUAGUUAUCGGGCGAUGUGGUGCUCCUUCUACUGGAACAUUAUGUACAAGGUAUGCUUACCUUUGAAUCAUACGUGGUUUGAGGCUGUUGUCUAUAUGGCCAUUAAGAAGGGUGUAAUCAAGCAGAAGUUACCUAUGGUAUUCAACUCGAGGCUAAACUUACCAAUACUUUUGUGCGUCCGUAGGCAUGCGUUUCUAGGCAUGUAUUACUGCUAUUUGAACUUCUCAUACACUUCGUUUGCCACUUUGACUUCUACAGAGCAAAUUAAUGCACAAAGUGGUGUGAAUGAGGGCAGAUCAAAUACCUUUAAAAAGUCUCCGGGGCACAAACACGUGUUGUUGCAAAUUUCGGAACGUGUUAAAGCAUUAGAAACCCUUUCAAACGAACUUGACGAGAGGACGCAGCACGUUGAAAAUGUGCUGGACACUCACAUAGAACAGCUGCAUCAUUUAACGAAGAAGUUGCAGGGCGUAGUGUACCCACUCCACCAUGUAGGCAGAUGGGGAAAACACUUUCAAAAAGAACUCGAAUCUUUGCUUCGAUCAUGCAGUAUGAAAAGUUUUCAUAUUACAUAUUCCAAGAGGUUAUCAAAAGGGUCCAUCGUUGAUCAGGGAUGUAUUGAAAGCGAUAUUUCGGACAUGUUUUCUACGUGCACUUUACUGUUGAAGGAGGGUGGAUCAAGUUUCCCCACAGCUAGCAAAAGGGAGCUGCAGUUGGGUUCUGCCAUUGACACGUAUUAG